CUGGGAAGGAAGGGAAGAAAGGAAGAAAGACAGAAGGGGCUCUAAAGUGGCACAUCCGCGGUGGCUGGCGGCCGUGUGCUCCUGUAAAGGCGAAGUGCAAGGAUCGGUCCCUUCGUUCGCCUGCCUCUGCCCCGGUGUCUCUCUGAGCUGGGCCAGUGCAGCUGGAGGAGCAGCCGGGGGACUCUUUCUCGGAGGCCUGAGCUGCUGACCUGGGCUGCUGAAAGAGGUGUCUGUUCUCUCGCUCUUUCCUUUUCUAAUAGUUCUAGGUCACCCGCCCGCCCCGCACUUCUUUUUAUUUUAUUGCCGUCACAGGCCCUUUGAAUAAAACUGACUGAACCUCCUCCUUCUCCUCCGUCUCAUGCCUUCUCUCUGAGGUUUGUCUUUCGCUUAUUCUAACUCUCUCCACCCACCUGCCCGUCACGCGUUUCAUGCGCACUUCGAGGGGUCCCUUUGGAGCUGGACUUGAUCCCCGCCAAGAAGGGGAGACACCUCCUUCGUCUCACUCUGGAAGCAAUAACAGAAAAAUGGCAACUGUAAGAUAUGAUCAAGACGAGACAUCGCAAGAGUCUCAGGCAAGCCGGAUCAGGGAGCCUGCUAUUACAAUUGAUGAUGGUUCUGAUGAAGAUGAAGCUGAACUAGACUUCUGUACUUACAUAAUUAAGAAAAAGAUCUCUCCACUUGUGAUGUCUUUUGGAUUCAGGCUCUUUGGAGUAGUGCUUAUCUUUGUGGACAUCUCACUUGUGAUUAUGUCUCUGUUGAUUGGUCACAAAUAUAAGACUCUCGAAUUCAUGAUUGGAAAUAUCUCUCUGGGUAUAGCAUUCUUCUUCCUUUUUGAUGUUAUCCUGCGAGUGUCUGUUGAAGGCUUCAAAAAGUACUUCCAAUCCAAGCUAAAUAUUCUGGAUUGUAUUAUUGUUGGGGGCACCCUGACAAUCAAUAUUGUGUAUUCUGUCUCUGACUUGAGCGGAAUAACCCAAAUUCCACGAACAGUUAUUAUUUUUCGAUUCCUGAGAAUUAUAAUUCUGAUAAGGAUAUUUCGACUGGCUUCUGAGAAGGAACAACUUGAAAAAGUGACACGGAGGAUGGUCUCAGAAAAUAAAAGGCGCUAUACAAGAGACGGCUUUGAUCUGGACCUCACUUAUGUCACUGCUCGUGUUAUAGCCAUGUCUUUUCCAUCUUCUGGGAAACAGUCUUUCUACAGGAAUCCUAUAAAGGAAGUUGCAAGGUUUUUGGAUACAAAACAUGAAGGCCACUACAAAGUCUACAACCUCUGCAGUGAACAGGGCUACGACCCAAAGAUUUUCCAUUACAGGGUGGAACGAAUAUUUAUUGAUGACCAUAAUGUUCCCACUCUAGAGGAGAUGCUCCAGUUUACAAAGAGCGUGCGGCAAUGGAUGCUACAAGAUGACAAUAACAUCAUAGCAAUACAUUGCAAAGGAGGGAAGGGAAGGACUGGAACCAUGAUUUGUGUCUGGCUUAUUGAGAACAGCCUGUUUGAGAGUGCAAAGGACAGUCUAGAGUAUUUUGGUGAAAGGAGAACUGAUAAAAGCACAAGCUCCAAGUUCCAGGGUGUUGAAACUCCAUCCCAGAAUAGAUAUGUUGGGUAUUACGCAACCAUGAAAUUCAGUUACAGCCUGCAGCUCCCACCAGUGAGACCACUUGAAAUAAAAAACAUAAAGCUCUAUGCUAUCCAUGGAGUUGGGAAAGGCAAUGGGAGUGACUUGAGAGUGAAGAUAAUAAUGGAAAAGCAAGUAAUAUUUCAUUGUGUUUGUGCAACCCAAGAGAACUGCAAGUUGUUCUUUGAUGGUGAAAAUGACUGGGUAGUAAUUGGUUUGGAAUGCUGUCCUGUCGUUAGCAAAGAUGUGAAAGUCAGGUUUGAAUCUUCCUCUGUUAUCCCAAAAGGGUACGAUAACUGUGCUUUCUUCUUUUGGUUCCAUACUGCCUUUGUAGACGACAACAGACUUUACAUUCCUAGAAAUGAAGUCGAUAACCUACACAAGCCAAGGAUGUGGAAGAUGUUCAGAGAAAACUUUGCUGUAGAGCUGAACUUCAUUGAACCAUAACCAGGACUGAGCAGUGACAGUUUUAAAUUGAGUACUAUUCCAUUUCCUCCCCAGGAUCAUGCGACUCUGCCACUGCCGUGGUAUUGUCUUCUGAGACUCUUGUGUCUUUAUGUAUGUGGGGGUUGGAGCACAUCAGAACUGAAUAUUGGACUGAGAGGUUGCCUAGUUAUCGUGUGUGCUGCUUAUGAUGAUUAAAAUAAUUAAUUUUG